AUGGAGGAGCUGCAACGGGAGAGAUAUUUUGCCCAGCAGGCACAUGAGAGGAUGAGAGCGGGACUGGCUGACUUCCAGGCCAUUCAUACGAGUAUGCAGCAACUGCGAAACCGGGCUGAGAAUCUGCAGCUCACCACCCCACCUCACCAACCACCCUAUACUGUUAUUGAUGAAGAGGAGGACUGGCCUCCACCCCCCCUUGACAUAAUGAUGAACGAGCUUCAGAGCCUGAAGAGGGAAUCAUUGGCGGCCCAGGAGAGUCAAACAUUCCCCCUCUAUAAUCCCCAGCCAGUGCAUACUACCAUGGCCCAGCCAAAGAUCACGCCUCCUCCCAUGCCACCUCUUAGAGUACCUGCCCGGCCAGAGCAACGUCCUCCACCACCUUCUGAUCCUUCAUGGUGGACACCACCGGCCCAAAGACCUUUAAAACAGGUAGCAGCGCCUGAGAUGACCUACAGGGGUCCUCGCCCAAGCAUUCCCAAGCUCAUAAACCGGGAUCCUGGGGAAUUCGCUCGCCUGAAGAUGGCGCUGGAGAACCUACUGCCCCUAGACAGUACAGAGCUAUUUAAAUACCAAGUCUUGUUAGAUCACUUAUACCUAGAGGAGGCUGAGUUAAUCGCUGAUGCUUACCUGCAUUCCACCACACCUUUCAGUGACACCAUGGCUGCUCUCAAUGAUAAGCUUGGCCAACCACACCAGCUUGCCCUGAGAAGGAUCGCAGCUGUGAUGGACUCACCUGACAUUCGCAAAGGAGACGUGGUUGCGUUUGAGAAAUUUUCCCUCCAAAUCCAGUCACUCGUGGGCAUGUUGAAGACCUUAGGUCCAGACGGUGAAGUUGAACUCCAGUGUGGCUCCCAUGUGGCACGGCUCCUGAGCAAGCUCCCUCCAGAGCAGAGAGCUGACUUUCGCCGGUGCGUGUACAAUCGCUCUGGUCAGACUUACACCCUCAAUGACCUCACACGAAACCAAGGUCGACAUCUACAGGUCCUUCAUAAAGUAAACACUGCCCCGAAGACGCCUGCCCCUGAAAACGUCCCUGCUCUAGAGGCUGGGAAUACAACUGGUGUCCUGUACCUCGACCGUGCUACAGAGAGCGGCCGCGUCUUGUUGAAGGUAGUUCCCGUCACCCUCCACCAUAAUGACGUUCCCAAAGUGGCGUUUUCUGCGUCGCUCGGAGACGGACUCCAGAAAACCACCUCCGGAAACAAAGUCCUGAUCUACAGAGACGUCAUGACCAAUGAGGGGUGGAGCUACAACCCACAGACAGGUGUCUUCACGGCCCCGGUGCGUGGCGUGUACCUCGUCAUGUUCACGGCGAACGCUCCCACAGACUUCCCGCUGAGCGCCGUCCUGUACCGGAACAACAUCCACGUGGAACUCAUCGCUCACGAGCAGCAGUCAGGAGCAGGAAGUGACACGGCCUCCAACAGCGCCUUCCUGGUGCUGGACCAGGGAGACACGCUCCACAUGGUCCUCUGGCACAACACACAGAUCUGGGACAACAGCAACCAUCACAGCACCUUCAGUGGAGCCCUGCUGUUCCCACUGGACCAGAACGUGACUCUGAGCUGA